CAGGGGGCGACGUCGCCGUGACCUCACGUAGCCGCGUCAGAGGUCAAAGGUUGUUUGCCUGACAGCGCCACAUGCGUGUUGUUGUGUUGUCCACCGAUGUGGAACAUUUGAAAGGUUUUCAUCUCUGCUCGCCCUUUGGUCCAGACUCCAGUUCCAGCGUGUCUCUCUCCCACGUCGUCCCUCAGGUGAAAUGAGGAACCUGAAGCUGCUGAAGAGCCUGCGCAGCUCGGAGCUGCGGGGUCCGGGCUCGCCACAGUUCUUGUCUGUGCGCGCCGACACCGGUUCGCUGCUGGUGGUCUCUCAGUACGCCGUCACAGAGUAUGACCCCCGGACCGGACAGGCCGUCAGUGAAGCCUCGCUGACGGCGGAGGGUUUCCUCCCGGAGGACGGCGGAGGCGUGGUGGUCGGACUGCAGGACCUGGCUGAACUGGAGUCGGCGUGUUUGGCCACAGCCGGUGGCGACGUCGUCCUCUUCAACCUCAACACAUGCCAGUUGGAGUGUGUUGGCAGCGUGGACAGCGGCCUGACGUCGAUGAGCUGGAGUCCUGAUGAAGAGCUCGUCAUCCUCACCACUGGUCAGGAAACUAUCAUCAUGAUGACCAAAGAGUUUGAGCCAAUCACCGAGGUCGGAAUCCACCAGGAUGACUUCGGUGAAGGAAAGUUCAUCACAGUGGGUUGGGGGAAGAAGGAGACUCAGUUCCACGGCUCAGAAGGGAAACAGGCAGCGCAGAGGAAGAUCCAGGCGGUGCAGCCAGCUGCGGGGUGGGACGACCGCAGGCCGCGGGUGACGUGGCGAGGCGACGGUCAGCUGUUUGCCGUCAGUGCCGUCUGUCCUCAGACCGGAGCCAGGAAGGUGCGUGUGUGGAACAGAGAAGGAGUCCUGCAGGCCACCAGUGAGCCCGUCGACGGGCUGGAGGAGCCGCUCAGCUGGAAACCCUCGGGCAGCCUGAUCGCGAGCACUCGACGUCACCCCAACAAACACAGCGUGGUCUUCCUAGAGAAGAACGGACUUCUGCACGGAGACUUCACCCUGCCCCUCGGCAAGGACCAGGCCAAGGUUAAGGAGCUGCUGUGGAACAGUGACUCCACUGUUUUAGCCGUAUGGCUGGAGGACAUGACGGCUGGAGAGGAUGGAUGGGUCAACACCUACAUCCAGCUGUGGACCGUCGGGAACCACCACUGGUAUCUUAAGCAGAGCCUGGACUUCGGCGGAGACCGUCAGGCGGCUCCGGUCUGCGUGUGCUGGGACCCAGAGCGUCCGCUGAGGCUCCACCUGGCGAGACGCGACUGGACCUGCAUCACUCACGACUGGGGCUGGACGACGGAGCGGAGCCCCGGGCAGGACGCCGCCGACAACGCCAAUGUGGCUGUGAUCGACGGAGAUAAAAUCCUGGUGACGACCUUCAGACAGGGAGUCGUCCCUCCUCCCAUGUGCUCAUUCGAGCUCCAGCUGAAGUCACCCGUCAACCAGGUGACCUUCCUCUGCCGCCCUCAGGGGACCAAUCAGCUGGCAGCAUUCACCGCCGAUGGACGGAUCUCAGUCUACAGACAAACUUCAGGAGAUCCGGCCGACAAAACAGCUGAUGGCUUCAGGACCGUGUCUCGUCCCCUGAUCCUCCAGAAAACCUUCAGCGUAGGCGCUCUCCAGGACGACCCUCUCCCCCUGCGGCAGCUGCUGUGGCUGGAGGACGAGCUGUUUGUGGGCGUCGUCUCCGGUCUGGUGCCGACCUCCUCCACCGUGCAGAUGCUCCGCCCGGCUCCGGACGACCAGGACAUGCUCGCCGUCAGGUCGGAGAUAGAAGUGGACGGUGUGGUGGUCAGUGUGGUUCACUGUUCUCAGACUGGCACUGUGGCACUGCAGCUGGAGGACGGGCAGAUCAGGAGAGUUCUGUGGGAUUGUCCUGAUCCGUCAGUGGAGGUUUGGUGCGACUCUACCGGAUGUAACAUCAACUUCCCUGUCCCCUGCGUCCAGACGUCCCUGUGCAGCGUCGGCGGGGAGGAAUAUCUACUGGGCCUGACGGACAGAUCCCACCUGUACGCAGGAGACACAGAGCUGGCCUCCAGCGUUUCCUCCUUUGCCGUCUGCAACGACUUCCUCCUCAUCACCACACACUCCCACACCUGCCGCUGCCUCCAACUGAGCGCGCUCAGUGUCAAAGGGCUGCAGGCGGCCUUGGCCUCAGACGGCGGUCAGAACGACGAGACGCAGCGUCGAGUGGAGAGGGGAUCGAGGAUCGUCACCGCGGUGCCUGGAGACACCAGAGUGAUCCUACAGAUGCCUCGUGGGAACCUGGAGACGGUGAAUCACCGAGCGCUGCUGUUGGCUCAGCUCAGGAAGUGGCUGGACAGUUUGAAGUUCAGAGAGGCCUUCGAGUGUAUGAGGAAGCUGAGGAUCAACCUGAACCUCAUUUACGACCACAACCCAAAGGUUUUCCUGGAGAACAUCGAGACCUUCAUCACACAGAUGAACUCCAUCGACCACAUCAACCUCUUCCUCACCGAGCUCAAGGAGGAGGACACGACCUGCAGCAUGUACCCCCGUCCGGAGGGCAGCCCCAUCCAGUUACAGCCCGUCUCUGGGCAGAAGAAGGUGGAUGUUGUUUGCGAUGCUCUGCGGAGCACCAUGGAAACCAUGGAUCCAAACAAGUUCUGUCUGUCGAUACUGACGGCUCACGUGAAGAAGACGGAGCCAGAGCUGGAAGUGGCUCUGCAGAAAGUCCACGAGCUUCGAGAGAACCCUCGUGAAGCUCCGGGCGCCGUCAGUGCCGAGGAGGCGCUGAAGUUCCUCCUCUUCCUCGUCAACGUCAACGACCUGUACGAACACUCGCUGGGAACAUACGACUUCGACCUCGUGCUCAUGGUGGCCGAGAAAUCCCAGAAGGACCCCAAAGAGUACCUGCCCUUCUUAAACAUGCUGAAGAGCCUGGAGCCGAACUACCAGCGCUUCACCAUCGACAAACACCUGAAGCGCUACAGGAAGGCGCUGCUCCACCUGAGCAAGUGCGGACCGGAACAUUUCCCCGAAGCUCUGCGGCUCGUCAGGGAGCAGAAGCUCUACAGUGAAGCUCUACGACUGUUCGCUGCGAACGACGCUCAGUACAAGGCCCUGAGCUGUGCCUAUGCCGAGCACCUGGUGGAGCAGCAGCAGGCGGAGCAGGCCGGCCUGUUGCUGUGGCGAUGCGGCGAGUUCGUCGGCGCGCUGCAGGCGUUCGCAGGCAGCUCCAGUUGGAGAAACGCCAUCUGCGUGGCGCAGCAGAUCCCGCUGCCGCCCGACCAGCUGGCGUUGCUGGCCAGGGACCUGGCAGAGAAGCUGACGGAGCAGCGGCGCUACUCAGAAGCUGCGCUGCUGUUGGACCAGUACGCCAAAGACUGUGAGGAAGCCAUCUUGGCUCUGAUCACUGGUGCAGUCUGGGAAGAGGCUCUUCGAUUGAUAUACAUGCACGACAGGCAGGACAUCACCGAGACCAACCUGAAACCAGCUCUGUUCGACGCUGUCAGCUCCCACACCGUCUUCCUGGAGGCUCAGGUCGCGACCUUCGCGCGGCACAGGGCCCGGCUGGCGGUGGUCCGAGAGCAGAAGGAAAAGGCCCGACUGGACAUGCUCGACGAGGACGGUCCCGACUGUCCCGAUGCCGAGCUCUACUCUGAAGCCAGCAGCGUGAUGACCGGCUCCAAAUACUCCCACAGCAACUCCCGCAUUUCCUCGAGAUCGUCAAAGAACCGGCGGAAGGCCGAGCGCAAGAAGCUGAGUCUGAAGGAAGGAAGCCCGAUGGAGGAGCGAGCGCUGAUGUACGCCCUGGGUGAGAUCGUCACCACCGUGGACAAGAUGAGAGAGGAAGUGCACAACCUGCUCAAAGCGCUGGUGCUGUUCCAGUUGGACCGGCAGGCGGAGAAGCUGCAGCAGACGUUCGAGGAGGCCCUGCAGACGACGGAGGCGGCCCUGCCCGAGGUGUGGCCUGACGGAAUCCAGAACAACAACGCUCCGCUCACUGGACCGAACUCGACUGCAAACAGCAUCACAGCCUCGUUCCAACAGCAGCAGCAAAAACCUGCAGCGUCGCAACAAGACGUCGAAGUCAUGGCGCCACCAAGGAUGAGAAGCGGUGUCAAGUGGAAGCUCACGAUUCUGAAGUAACUUAGUUUCAUUUCUACUGUUUUAGUGUGUAAAGUCAAAUGUUAAAUAAAUGUGACAAAUAAA